UGCGUUCUUAUAAGGGCGUAGUGGACAAUAACAAUAAGUCGGGGAGAGGACGGAAAGAUUUCGUUUAUAUGAAGGAAAUGGACGAAAUCUUCCAAAACAAGACCAACAUUUACCCGGAGAUUUUGCUUGAUGGUGCAAACGUUGUGGCGGAGGCAGCGACCGACCAACCAAGCGACCAGGCUGUUCCAGGUCCAUCGGGAUACUCAACGAAGUGUCUUCUUUCCUGUACUAAAUUAUUUUCAUCGCUGGGACUCUGCAAGUACAUCCACCCCUCCUCACAAGAAGCUUAAACUGAAGAGUCGCACAGUAAGAGAUUUCCAAGAAGAGAGGAGCAAUUAUUUACAGGAGAGGCUAGAGAUGGAGCGGGAAAGACAGAAAAAGAGAGACCAGAGGGAGAAAGAGAGGCUCCAGUUGAAACGGGAAAGCAUGGAGCUGAAACGUGAAUGGAUGGAAGUGAAUCGUUCUUUGCUGAAUGCAACGUUGGAGCAUAAUAUGCUCCUCAGGAAGUAUUUUGAGGCUCGGAUAAGUUCUCUUCCAAAAUUUCAUUUUUAA